AUGCCACCAAAGUUCAGGAACCCCUGCUCAUAUCUCCCGCGACGGCUACAGAUAGUCGCAUCUCUUGCUGGCUUCAUUGUCUUGUGCAUCGUCUUUCUCGGCAGCUCCUCUAAAACCGACCCCUACCUCGAGAAAGUGCCAUAUGGACCGCAACUGGAGAAAGGCGCGCAUGAGCUCGUCGAUCAGUCGCAAAGAUUCAAUCCAUUCCGAACACCAGCGCAUACGCCUCCGCCGGACCAAGCGAACAGUCGAUCAGGCGAUACGCGGUGGUUCAGCGACUUGAAGUGGAAGAAUCCGUUCAGUAGCAGUGUUACGAUCGACGCCGAGAGGACGGUGCUACCGCCGUUGCGGGAGAGGACGCGGGUGUAUACAUACUUCGACGCCGCAGGACGAAGAAAAGACGAGAAAAGCCGGCUGGCGGAGGAGGAAUUAUUGCAGAUAUGGCGAAGAGCUUGGUGGGCGCAAGGUUUCAAGCCUGUUGUAUUGAGCUCGGCAGAAGCGAUGCAUAACCCGCUUUAUAAGAGGGUACAACACUUGAAUCUGCAGCCAGAGUUGCAGUUGGAGUUUAUGAGGUGGUUGGCGUGGCACAAUAUGGGCACUGGCAUUUUGUGCAACUGGCUGGCAUUGCCGAUGGCGCACUACGACGAUACUUUGCUCAGCUUCCUGCGGAAGGGAGAUUACCCAGCCCUGACACGGUACAAACAUCUGGAGAAUGGACUGUAUGUUGGAUCGAAGGCAUCAGUGGAGGCACUCCUGAACACUGCGCUCGAUUCGUCGAAAUUGGAACAGGCGUCUUCUCUGACUGACCUUGUACCCUCUGAUACAUUCAAGGUCGACUCAGACCACGACAGCAUCGCUUUCUACAGUACAAGCACCAUCAAAGACAAGUACGGCGUCAUCAGGGAGAAGCUUGACAAGGACGAAACCAGAGCCGACGGCCUUGCUUUGCUUCCCACACUAAUCAACAGCCACCUGCACAUGACAUGGCAGAACUUCUUCACAGAUGGUAUAGCGGUUACCAAACCACUGGCGCAGAACACGACAGCAAUGAUCGAGCCGGCAAUUGACAUCGCCACGAAUCUGUCUCAAUGUUCUGCCUCUCCAAUGCCAUCUUCCUGCCCUCCGAACCAUCCAAAUUGCAGACCCUGCGUCAGCAGUCAGCCGCUGAGAGUCAUCACACCGCCAGUGUUCAGAAACAAAAGCAGUCAAUUCACCAUCACAACCGUACCGCACCCAUGGACGCUCCAAAGCCUAAUACAUACUAAAGACAACAUGGAGAUUCGGUACAUCCGACGAAACACCACUCGCGACACCUGGAUGAUGGCGGCCACCAAAGAACUCCUGGGUACCGGCAUCUCCUCUUUUGCCCGCCUCGCGCCCUUCAAAGAAGCAGUGGCUUCCGAGCACGGCAUCGCGCGCUCCCUUUGGCUAACCGCCGAACAACCAUCUCAAGUCUCCAGCCCCAAAGACCUGGAAGAUCUUAACUGGAUCUUCGGCUUCGACAUCGCAGGCGCUCGGCUCAAGAGCGGCAAGUCAGAAACUCCCGUCCCGGGACCCGAGCGCCGACCUCCGCCACCAAAGCAAGAGUUCGACGGUCCAGUGCCUACGGAAGACCAGCUGAAGAAGCAGAAAAUGCUCGUCCUCAACGGCAAGGCAUUCGUGCAGCAAGGCGAGCGGAGCGGUGGGAAGAAAGAGACUGUGCAGAAGCGGGAGGCGAUGGAGGCUUGGAACCUUGCGGAUGCAGAGAUCUGGAAGUUCGUGCGUGCUUUUGGCGCGAGGAGGACACUGGAAAGGCGGACUUGGGAGGAUGAUGAGAAGAGCUAUUUUGGGGGCAAGGGAGUUUACGAUCGGUGGAGGGAUGUUUUGCCUGGGUCGUGA